UAGCAAGGUUUAACUGUGGCUAGAUGCAACUCCAUAACUCAUUCACUCCCCGUCACUCUAAAACCCUAUUCCCCCCAAAUCUCUCCCUCACUCUCUCUCUCGAAUCUCGAUCUCGAUGGCUUCUUCUCUCUACAAAUCCAAACUCCAACCCCUCUACACCAAACUCACACCCCAAUUUCUCCACCUCCGCCAUUUCUCCCCAUCAAUCCUAAACCCAGACUCCACCACACCCCUGUCCGCCAAAGACAAAUCUAAAGCCGCCUUCGCCCUCAUCAAAUCCGAAAAAAACCCAGAAACCAUUCUCGAAAUCUGUCGCGCCGCAGCGUUAACCCCAGACACCCACCUCGACCGCCUCAUUUUCUCGAAAGCGAUCUCGAAACUCUCCGAAUCGAACUACUAUGAGGGCAUCAGGGAGUUCUUGAAUGAGCUUCAGACGCGCCCUGAUCUCAAGAACGAGAGGUUUGUGUCGCAUUGUAUGGUUUUGUAUGGGGAAGCUGGGCUUUUAGGGGAUGCAGUCAAGGUGUUUGAUAAAAUGCGUGAACUAGGGAUUCGGCGGACGGUGAAAUCGUUGAAUUCCCUUUUGUUCUCGUGCAUUGUUGCGAAUGAUUAUGGGGAAAUGAAGAGAAUUUUUGUUGAGUUUCCUAAGAGGUAUGGGAUUGAGGCCGAUGUUGACACAUAUAAUACAGUGAUUAAGGGGUUUUGUGAGUCGGGUUCGUCUAAUUCGGUUUAUUCGGUGUUGGCUGAGAUGGAUAGGAAGGGGUGUAAUCCGAAUGCGAGUACUUUUGGGCUUUGGAUUGCUGGGUUUUACAAGGAGGAGAAGUUUGAUGAGGUUGGGAAGGUGUUGGAGGAAAUGAGGAAGCGGAGUAUGUUUCCGGGGAUUAGUACUUACAAUAUUAGGAUUCAGAGUUUGUGUAAGCUUAAGAGAGCAAACGAGGCUAAGGCAUUGCUUGAUGAGAUGUUUUCUCGUGGAAUGAAGCCGAAUAAAGUUACUUACUAUCAUUUGAUUCAUGGGUUUUCCAGGGAAGGGAAAAUGGAUGAAGCGAAGGGUUUUUUUAAGAAGAUGAAUAAUGCAGGGUUUAAGCCUGAUAGUGAGUGUUAUUUCACGCUGGUUUACUAUUUGUGCAAAAAUGAGGAUUUUGAAACUGCAUUGUCAGUUUGCAAGGAGAGUAUAGCAAAGAAUUGGAUUCCAAGUCAUUCAACUAUGAAGUUGCUCGUGAAUGGGCUGGCAAGUAUUUCAAAGGUAGACGAGGCCCUUGAGCUUGUUGCGCAUAUGAAGGAGAAAUUCCCCAAUAGUGCUGAUAAAUGGAAUGAAACCGAAGAGAGCUUACCAAAAAAUUGAGGAUCAACAAAAAAUUCAGUAUCUUGACAGUGGCCGUGCAUUCAUUUCCAUAAGCUAUAAUAUGAGUAUAUCUGAUAUUUGUAAGGUUGGCAAUGUAUGGGAUCAGUUUUUUCAUCACAUAAUAUUAGUGUUUUUUGUUUCUUUUUUUUGUUAAUGAAAUCUUUACAUCUAAUUAAAUUAACAAACUUUUGUCUGA